AUGAACCUAAUUCAUCCAGUUCCUCCUUUCAGCGGGUGGUCUCCUGACAAAGACUUCAUGUCUCUCCUCUUUCUGACGACCUUAUGUGUGGCAUUAUGGAUAACUGGAGGUGAAUAUGACUUUGAAGCAUUCAUAGUGGGCAUAUUCGUCUACCAGUCGGAGCUCGACGUUAAUUUAGAAGUGAUCAAACCCGCUCUGGAGUUAGCCAUCAAGAAGACCAGCGAAGAUUACCCGCACAUAAAAUUCAAUAUCGUUUUUAGGAAUGGAUCUACUACCUGUACGGCAAAUUUUGCGGGAGUUUUCGCCGCAGAAGAGUAUUAUCUACGCAGGGUUACAGCAUUCGUUGGUCCAGCUUGUAGCUUGGCCCUGGAUCCUGUUGGUAGAAUGGCAGCAUACUGGAACGUUCCCGUCUUCACUGCGGGUGGUAUCGAUACUAAAUUCGCCGACAAAGUGACAUUUUCGACACUGACCAGAGUCUCCCUAUCGUUGGACAGUACGGGUGGAUUUGUCCUCCAAGUAUUGAAAGAAUUUAACUGGAAACACGUGGCCAUAAUCGUCGACGAUACGGAUUUGCAAGCUCUACUCCUCAAGGCUAGUAUCGUUCAUAGCUUAAAGAAAUCAGACGAUGCUUACUUUAUUCUGGUUAAGGAAUUUUCUAAGAAAGAUCGAGACUUUAAUUACACACAGAUUCUUCGAGAUAGCAGCACGCAAGCCAGAGUAUUUAUACUUCUUGCAACUGGCGAUACAGUGAGAAAGAUUCUUUUGGAUGCCUACGAAUUGGAUAUGGAUAACGGAGAAUAUACUUUUCUCAGUAUUGAAUUAAUUAAAAAUCAUCGAUCAUCCGAUCUUCUAUGGUACAGAUAUGGAGAUGACAGAAACAAGGAGUCUAGAAAGAUAUUCGAAGCACUAAUGAUCGUGGCUGUAAGAGUACCGACCAGUCAAGAGUAUAAAUUCUUUGCAGAAGAAGUGAUUAAAAUGUCCAAAUCGGAAUUUGAUACCAAUCUAAAUCAGACAGCGGUUAAUCCCAUCGUAGCUGCUUUCUACGACUGUAUAUUGAUGUACGCUUGGUCUUUAAACAAAACACUACAAGAAAAAAACGAUCCUUACGAUGGUUACAGUUUAGCUAGGAAAUUGUGGAAUAAUACCUUUCAAAGGGGGCUGACAGAACCUAUUUAUAUCAACGAGAACGGAGACAGAGAAGCGGAUUACACACUCAACGAUCUGGAUCCUGUAACUGGAGCGAUGAGACCCGUAGCUACUUAUUUUGGUGCUAAGAAAAUUUACGAAAGAAUAGAUGACGUGUCAAUACACUGGCCUGGAAGGACACAACAUCCACCACCGGAUAUCCCAGAAUGUGGAUUCACUGGCGAUGCGCCACAUUGUCAGGAUGAAGGCAAAUUUUUUAUUCUAUCCAAUAAUAUACAUGCUGAUUCCAAACUAUGGAAACAGAUUUUAGUUGAAAUUCCAUUUCCAAUAUAUGCUUGUAUUGGAAUAGUAUUUGUCAUAGUGAUACUUGUAGGAAUUAUCAUUGGUUUCCAUCUCUAUAGGAAAAUCAAAUUUGAAUCUACACUCUCAGACUUAUGGUGGAGGGUUCGCUGGGAGGACGUAGUCUUCACGGAAAGGCUGGGAGUAAAAUCUUUAGGAAGCAUCAUGGAUGAUCCUAACAGAAGAAUAUAUUCUUCGAUAUCAAAUCAGAGUACUUUAGAUGAAACAGAGAUGGGCAAAGUAGCCACUGGAAUUUAUAAGGGUAUUCAAGUUGCUAUAAAAACUUUCUAUGUCAAAAAAUUGAUAGUGAAUAGGACAUUGCUGCUUGAAAUGAAGCAGAUGCGCGAAUUAACACACGAAAACUUGGUUAGAUUUAUUGGAUUGUGUAUAGAAGAACCAAAUAUCGCUAUCUUCAAUGAGUUCAGUCCCAGGGGGAGUUUACAGGAUAUUAUUCACAAUGAUGCAAUGAAACUAGAUUGGGUAUUUCGUUACGCGAUGAUUUCGGACAUUGUAGAGGGAAUGGUCUUCCUACAUUCGAGUAUCAUUGGUUAUCAUGGCCAUUUCAAAUCUACAAACUGCGUUAUAGACGGAAGAUUUAUGGUAAAAAUAACUGAUUAUGGUAUGAAUUCCUUAUACAGUCAAAUAUCAAAUGAAGAAAAGGUUGAUCCUUAUAAAUUGUUUUGGACUGCUCCCGAGCAUCUCCGAGACCCACAUCCAGAGAGACAAGGAUCUAAGAAGGGUGACAUUUAUAGUUUUGCUAUUAUAUUGCAAGAAAUCAUAACUAGAACUGGUCCUUUUGAAAGAUUACUGAAGAAACAAAAUAAUUUAUUGCCUGAAGAUAUAUUAGAAAAGGUAAAAAUGGGAACAACUCCUCCAUUCCGUCCAGAACUAUCUCCGGAAGAGGCAACAUCAGAUAUUUUAGACUUAAUGAGAAGAUGCUGGGCAGAACAACCCGAUGACAGACCUACAUUUCAAGAAAUUAAAAGUCAACUAAAGCAAAUAACAAAAGGAAUUUCCAGUAGAAACUUUUUGGAUAACCUGUUAUCUCGCAUGGAACAGUAUGCAAAUAAUUUAGAACAACUGGUUGAAGCAAAGACGUUAUCUCUUAUCGACGAGAAAAAAAAGACAGACGAACUGCUCUAUCAGUUGCUACCCAAAUACAUAGCGGAUGAACUGAAGAAAGGUAACCACAUAAAACCAGAGGCUUUCGAAUCUGUGACAAUAUUUUUCAGUGAUAUCGUUGGUUUUACACCUCUGGCAGCAGAAAGCACGCCAAUUCAGGUUGUAAAUUUAUUAAAUGACUUGUACACGUGUUUUGACGACAUUAUCGAUCACUAUAGUGCCUAUAAGGUGGAAACAAUUGGAGAUGCUUACAUGGUAGUUUCAGGAUUACCGAUUCGAAAUGGAAACGAGCAUGCAAAAGAAAUCGCUCUGAUGUCGCUAUCGCUGCUCCGUGCCAUCAGAAAGUUUAAAGUCAGGCACAGAAGCGAUAAAAAACUACAAGUAAGAAUAGGAAUUCAUUCCGGUCCUUGCGCUGCUGGUGUAGUGGGUUUAAAAAUGCCACGUUACUGUCUUUUUGGAGACACCGUAAACACAGCUUCUCGUAUGGAAUCUAAUGGGCAAGCCAUGAAAAUACACGUUAGUUCGGAAACUAAAUUCAUUUUGGAUAUAUUUGGAACAUUUAAAUUAACAUUAAGAGGUGAUAUAGAAAUUAAGGGCAAAGGAAUAAUGAGAACAUAUUGGUUGGAGGGAGAAACAGGAGAAUGUCAUUUUGGAAAAGAAUGAUUAUUCGUACUUCAAUUAUACUUUUUAAAUAGUAGUUAAGACCAAGUACUUUCAAUUCCAAUUAAAAUAAAUGAGAAAGAUUUGGUGAUAGAAUUGUUAGAUGUAAUCAUCAUCAAUGCGGAAAAAUAACUUUAUAAUUUAGUUGAUAAUAAACAAAAU